CGGCCCGCUCGAGGACAUAUGCGUCUCCUCCUGGUGCAGUCGUGCCUGGCCUGAUCUCGGUUCCCCUGCUGCUCUGAGGCCAGCAGAUAGCUCCUCUGGACAUUGAGUCUGAAAUUCCCGGCACACUCCUGUGACCCCGUGCAGAACGAAGGAGUAGGGACAGUCCCUUGAGUGAGGAUGAUGCUAGUGUUCUCUUCUAUCAAUAGCAAGUUUGGCUGAAAUGCAAAUAACCAAUAACCACAAUGCAGAAAGCAGCUCGCCCUUAGAGAAGCUGUGGCUAGAAUCCGUCCGUCUGGCUCUGCGGGGCCUGAUACUCAGGGCUUCAGCUGUCACUCAGAUGUGGGGGGCGGGACCUAGCAUUUCAUCCAAUCAGAGGUGCUGGGGCGUUGCCCUUUCCACAGUUCAUCCGGAAAUGGAAGGGGUCUUAUUCCUGCCCUCACCUUCGUCGCUGAGCGGGCGGCUGUUGUGAUCUGGUCUGUCCAGCCCGAGAGGGACCUGGUGCUUCUACCCAGGCUUCUGUCGCUCUGUCGCCUGCGCUAUGCCCUGCUGUAGUCACAGGAGCUGUAGAAGGGACCCCGGGACAUCUGAAAGCCGGGAAAUGGACCCAGUGGCCUUUGAAGAUGUGGCUGUGAACUUCACCCAGGAAGAGUGGACAUUGCUGGAUAUUUCCCAGAAGAAUCUCUUCAGGGAAGUGAUGCUGGAAACUUUCAGGAACCUGACCUCUAUAGGAAAAAAAUGGAAAGACCAGAACAUUGACUAUGAGUACCAAAACCCCAGAAGAAGCUUCAGGAGUCUCAUAGAAGAGAAAGUCAACGAAAUUAAAGACAACAGUCAUUGUGGAGAAACUUUUACCCAGGUUCCAGAUGACAGGCUGAACUUCCAGGAGAAGAAAGCUUCUCCUGAAGUAAAAUCAUGUGACAGCUUUGUGUGUGCAGAAGUUGGCAUAGGUAACUCAUCUUUUAAUAUCAACACAAGAGGUGACAGUGGACACAAGGCAUGUGAAUAUCAGGAAUAUGGACCAAAGCCACAUAAGUGUCAACAACCUAAAAAUAAGAAAACCUUCAGGUAUCGCCCCUCCGUUAGAAGACAAGAAAGGGAUCACACUGGAGAGAAACCCUAUGCUUGUAAAGUCUGUGGAAAAACCUUUAUUUUCCAUUCAAGCAUUCGAAGACACAUGGUAAUGCACAGUGGGGAUGGAACUUACAAAUGUAAAUUUUGUGGGAAAGGCUUCCAUUCUUUCAGUUUGUAUCUUAUCCAUGAAAGAACUCACACUGGAGAGAAACCAUAUGAAUGUAAACAAUGUGGUAAAUCCUUUAGUUAUUCUGCUACCCUUCAAAUACAUGAAAGAACUCACACUGGGGAGAAGCCUUAUGAAUGUAGCAAAUGUGAUAAAGCAUUUCAUAGUUCCAGUUCCUAUCAUAGACAUGAAAGGAGUCACAUGGGAGAGAAGCCUUAUCAAUGCAAAGAAUGUGGAAAAGCAUUUGCAUAUACCAGUUCUGUUCGUAGACAUGAAAGGACACACUCUGGGAAAAAACCCUAUGAAUGUAAGCAAUAUGGGGAAGCCUUAUCCUAUCUUAUAAGUUUUCAAACACACAUAAGAAUGAACUCUGGAGAAAGACCUUAUAAAUGUAAGAUAUGUGAGAAAGGCUUUUAUUCUGCCAAAUCAUUUCAAACACAUGAAAAAACUCACACUGGAGAGAAACGCUAUAAAUGCAAGCAGUGUGGUAAAGCCUUCAAUCUUUCCAGUUCCUUUAGAUAUCAUGAAAGGAUUCACACUGGAGAGAAACCCUAUGAGUGUAAGCAGUGUGGGAAAGCCUUCAGAUCUGCCUCACAGCUUCGAGUGCACGGUGGGACUCACACUGGAGAGAAACCCUAUGAAUGUAAGGAAUGUGGGAAAGCCUUCAGAUCUACCUCACACCUUCGAGUGCAUGGUAGGACUCAUACUGGAGAGAAACCCUAUGAAUGUAAGGAAUGUGGGAAAGCCUUCAGAUAUGUGAAGCACCUUCAAAUUCAUGAAAGGACAGAAAAACACAUAAGAAUGCCCUCUGGAGAAAGACCUUAUAAAUGUACGAUAUGUGGGAAAGGCUUUUAUUCUGCCAAGUCAUUUCAAACACAUGAAAAAACUCACACUGGAGAGAAACCCUAUGAAUGCAACCAAUGUGGUAAAGCCUUCAGAUGUUGCAAUUCCCUUCGAUAUCAUGAAAGGACUCACACUGGAGAGAAACCCUAUAAAUGUAAGCAAUGUGGGAAAGCCUUCAGAUCUGCCUCACACCUUCGAAUGCAUGAAAGGACUCACACUGGAGAGAAACCCUAUGAGUGUAAGCAAUGUGGGAAAGCCUUCAGUUGUGCCUCGAACCUUCGAAAGCAUGGUAGGACUCACACUGGAGAGAAACCCUAUGAGUGUAAGCAAUGUGGGAAAGCCUUCAGAUCUGCCUCAAACCUUCAGAUGCAUGAAAGGACUCACACUGGAGAGAAACCCUAUGAAUGUAAGGAAUGUGAAAAAGCGUUCUGUAAAUUCUCUUCUUUUCAAAUACAUGAAAGGAAGCACAGAGGAGAGAAGCCCUAUGAAUGUAAGUAUUGUGGGAAUGGAUUCACAUCUGCCAAGAUUCUUCAAGUACAUGCAAGAACACACAUUGGAGAGAAACACUAUGAAUGUAAGGAAUGUGGAAAAGCAUUCAAUUAUUUUUCUUCCUUGCAUAUACACACAAGGACUCAUAUGGGAGAGAAGCCAUAUGAAUGUAAGGAUUGUGGGAAAGCAUUCAGCUAGCCUGGUUCCUUUUAUGGACAUGAAUAGACUCACACUGGAAGGAAACGCUAUGAAUGCAAGCAGUGUGGCAAAGCUUUCACAUUUUCCAGUUCUUUUCGAUAUCAUGAAAGGACUCACACUGGGGAGAAACCCUAUCAAUGUAAGCAGUGUGGGAAAGCCUUCAUUUCUUUUACUUCUUUUCAACGUCAUGAAAGGACUCAUAUGGGAGAGAAACCCUAUGAGUGUAUUCUAGUUCCCUUCGAUAUCAUGAAAGGACUUACACUGGAGUGAAACCCUAUGAAUGUAAGCAAUGUGGGAAAGCCUUCAGAUGUGCCUUGCACCUUCAACGGCAUGGAAGGGUUCACACUUGGGAGAAACUCUAUGAAUGUAAGCAGUAUGGGAAAGCCUUCAGAUCUGCCAAGAUUCUUUGAAUACAGAUAAUGAAUAUAAACAAUUAACUUUAUCAUAACUGUAUACUAACAUGUUAUUCUUUUUAAAUAAUUAAGAAGCUGUAAUGAAAUAUCCCAUUGGUUUUAUGUAUUAGAUCAAGCUUAUAAUGUUACAUUAUUAUUAUUUGGACAUUGUGAGUCAGUAUUACCACGUGGAUAAAAUGUCAGGCAUCUUU